GUAAUAGUGCAUUAUUAAGAACCCAUACAGGUGAAAAACCCAAUGCAUGUCUUUUUGCUGGAUGCAACAAAACAUUCAACGAUUCUUCAUCUCUUGCUCGCCACAGACGUAUUCAUUUGUCAAAGACGGGCAAUGGCAAUCGCGCUUCUACUGCCAUUGUCCAAAAAUCCAAAAGCAGUUGUGCUACAAUGGUAGAUUCCUCUUCUAAGCAUAGUGAGCGAGAUGAUGAUGACGAUAUGAGCAGCGAUGACUUGUUUACUUCAGAAAGCGAAGGCAGAAUGGAUAGUCAGCAACAUGCUGAUUCUCAUUCACUAUCAAAUGCCUCGACUCCUACCAAGAAUCCUUCAUCUAUGCUGCCUACAAUCAGUCUUUUUCUUUCACCUCAAAAUGAGGCUGCUCACAAAGUCAAAUCUGCUUUCUCGCCAAUCAGCGAUCAAGAUCCCGAUUACCCUUCGUCCAUGUGCGGAUCUCCAAUUGAGGCUGCGUCGGGUCUUUUAUACAUGUCUAGAUCACUUGGUGGUUAUGCUUCUCCGUCUCAAACACAUUCUUACUCAAAAACUGAUUAUGCGUGUCGUGCUGACGAAUAUCAGGAAUCUGCUUAUUCCAGGAAUCAAAGGGCAGCCAUGGCAUGUGAAGAUGUGUUGUCGCCAUCUUCCCUUGUCUCUCAUCAUGCCUCUUCUCCUAUAUAUAGUGAUCCUCAAACACCAGGAUCGCUAUUGCAUUGGGUUGACAAAGCAGAGUUGGUACACUAUCCAAUGCCACUUACUCCAGCCAUCAGCGAUUUGGGCGAUGCAUUGGAUUUUCAGUCAAGCGACUCUGACUAUCGUAUCCUACCCCAUUUAUCCGGAAGCAUGCCAUACAGCAAAGCUUCUGACUACAAUCAACUCCAACAUAUAAAUGGUUCACAAUUCCAACCGCGUCCUGAACCAACCCUGGUAAAACCUCAGUCCGAUACUAUACCUGCUCUGCGACUUCCAUCUAUCCAGCAACUACUCUCGGCGACUUUGAACCACGAUACAUAUGCAUAGAUACUUGUUUUAAAUAUGAUUGACUUCAUGGCUGAUUAGUCAAUUAGGUUUCACGUUACAUUCUCCUACAUCCAUACAUUAACCUUGUAAAUACUACAUUUUCAUUUUUAUGAAUUAAAUUCUUUUUUUGUUUGAAUUAU